AACGUUAUCUUGAUACUCAUUAUAUAUUCAACUGAAGUUCCACGAAGGCUGCCAAGUUAAGUCUGUUACAUUUGGUUUGCGCGCUCCCACUGCCUAGUUCAGUAAUAACCCAACUCGCGCUCUCAUACUGCCUCAGUCCAGCGACGCCAUUCAGCGACAUGAGUAGCCACGAUGACCCGGAGUUGCAGCCGCUGAUCCCAUCUACGCCACAACACUUGUCGUCUUCAGGAAGCUUAGAUACCAAGCAGCUCGUAACCAGAACCGAUGAGCCGAAUGAAGAAGAUUUUGGGACUGGGCUGACAUACCCAUCACGCUCAAUUGAAGACGAUGUGCUUCCAGAGACAUCCACACUCGGCCGCACGUUGACCUGGCAAAGCGCCUACAUUCUUGUCAUCUCAAGAGUGAUAGGCAGCGGCAUCUUUGCUACUCCGGGCGCAAUUCUCCGCUCAGUUGGGAGCCCCGGUCUGUCACUCUCGCUUUGGAUUGUUGGCGCAAUAAUCGCUGCAUGCGGGUUGAUGAUCUCCCUAGAGUUUGGCUCGAUGCUGCCACGGUCUGGGGGAGAUAAAGUGUACCUAGAAUUCACGUAUCGUCGACCUCGAUUCCUAGCAUCGACCCUCAUCGCCAUCCAAGCCGUUCUUCUGGGAUUUACAGCGAGCAAUUGCAUCGUUUUUAGCGAGUAUCUGUUAUUUGCGCUAGGGGGCGAUAACCCCAGUGAUCUCCUUCGAAAAGGUAUUGCAGUUGGACUCCUCACAGUUGUUACCCUGAUUCAUGGUUGUUUCCCACGUUUCGGUAUCAGGCUGCAAAACGUUUUGGGUUGGAUCAAGGUUGCUCUGAUUGUCUUCAUGAUAUUCUCAGGUCUCUACGUUGUCUUGUUCCGGCCAACGGAAGAAUCUGCCCAGAAGACUACUGGAGUGCUCGGAUGGGGAGACCUGUGGGAAAACACCAACUGGAAUUGGGGUGUAAUUGCUACAUCCCUUUUCAAAGUCUUCUAUUCAUACGCGGGGCUUGACAACGCCAACUACGUCCUGAAUGAGGUCAAAGACCCAGUUCGGACCUUGCGAUCUGUGACGAUGGCGGCAUUGACAACCGCGUGCGGACUUUACGCACUUAUCAAUGUGGCAUACUUUCUCGUCGUUCCUAUCGAUGAGAUAAAACAGAGCGGCGAGCUAAUAGCGGCCCUAUUCUUUGAGCGAAUCUUUGGUGAGAGAGUUGGUAAAAGGGUCCUUCCUCUGGCAGUUGCUUUAAGUGCAGGAGCGAAUGUUCUCGUUGUUGCAUUUUCUGCGAUCAGGUCGUCCUACUACGCCGAAGUUGAAGAACUUCUAAAAGCCGUGUGA